GCCUUUUGUUCUUCUGCAAAAGCGCCUCACUGUAUCCUCUCUAUCCUCCUCCUCCUCCUCCUCAUAGAGAACAAGCCACUUUGGAGCCAACAAGCCUGCCAAAGGUCAUUUGGCAUAAACUUGAGAUCAGUUUGUCAAUCCUCGUAUUGGAUGGCAAUAUUACCUUGUGGAAGUACCUGUGUUGCCCAGUGGGGUAUUCGUCCUCAAUUUAUUGUACGACCCAAUGUCGCAAAUCGAAUAGUGUCAGCCCAAUCAGGAGUAACAUGUAUAAUGAGGUAUCUGGGAGGAUCAAGUUCAAGCUUAUUUUCACGUGAUUCCUUCCCAUUAUUAUCCUAUAUGGGGCCAUAUCAAACAUCACAUCGUCGUAGGGGAUCACGGUUCAUUGUUAGAGCUGAAACUGAUUAUUACACUGUCCUUGGGGUGUCAAGAAAUGCAAGUAAAUCCGAAAUUAAAAGUGCUUAUCGAAAGCUUGCUCGGAGUUAUCAUCCGGAUGUGAACAAAGAUCCAGGGGCAGAGCAGAAGUUCAAGGAAAUUAGCAAUGCAUACGAAGUCUUGUCUGAUGAUGAGAAACGAUCUCUUUAUGAUAAAUAUGGGGAGGCUGGACUUAAAGGUGCUGGUAUGGGAAUGGGGGAUUUUAGCAAUCCUUUUGAUCUGUUUGAGUCGCUGUUUGAGGGCAUGGGCGGUAUGGGUGGCAUGGGCGGCAUGGGCAUGGGUGGCCCAAGUUCCAGGAGUAGAGCAGUUGAUGGGCAGGAUGAAUAUUACAGUCUUGUUUUGAAUUUUAAGGAAGCAGUUUUUGGGGUUGAGAAGGAGAUUGAGAUAACCCGACUAGAAAGCUGUGGAACAUGUAACGGGUCAGGUGCAAAACCUGGUACAACAGCGUCGAAAUGUACUUCGUGUGGUGGGCAAGGUCAGGUUAUCUCAUCUGCAAGGACUCCAUUAGGUGUUUUCCAGCAGGUAAUGACAUGCUCUUCUUGCGGUGGGACGGGGGAAAUUUCUACCCCGUGCAAUACAUGUUCUGGUGACGGGCGGGUAAGGAGAACAAAGAGAAUCAGUUUGAAAGUUCCGGCUGGUGUGGAUUCCGGUAGUCGUUUAAGGGUUCGGUCUGAAGGAAAUGCUGGAAAGAAAGGUGGGUCUCCUGGUGAUCUCUUUGUUGUUAUUGAAGUUAUACCAGACCCUGUCCUAAAACGAGAUGAUACCAACAUAUUGUAUACUUGCAAAGUGUCUUACAUAGAUGCAAUUCUGGGAACAACAAUCAAGGUUCCAACUGUGGAUGGUAUGGUUGAUUUGAAGAUACCAGCUGGGACGCAGCCUAACACCACCCUUGUAAUGGCAAAGAAAGGUGUCCCAGUUCUAAAUAAAAGCAACAUGAGGGGUGAUCAGUUGGUCCGCGUACAGGUUGAAAUACCGAAACGAUUGAGCAGUGAAGAGAGGAAGCUUAUUGAGGAGCUUGCUGACUUGAACAAGGACAAGGCGGCAAGCAGUAGGAGAUAGUUGAUGCAGCUUCCGAGGUUCGAACUAUGAGACUUGCAUAGAACAUCUUGUAGUUUCAAAAGCUCGCAACUGCACAAGGGGACAGUUGCUGAAAUUUGUAGUGAUAGGUAAGAUUAUAUUGUGAUAGCUGUGUCCAAUAUGAAGAAUCUUAUAGGAAAGGAGGUGAAAAAGGAGAUGAAGAAUUAGACACGUACCACUUUGAUUCUUAGCUCAAACUACCUCAUGGAUUCUGUUUUAUAAUUUCUUUUAUUAAACUAUUCUUUGAGAUUGAACUAAAAUUUGGGCUACAGUGUUCCCCUUAA